AUGAAUUUUUUGAUUGAUUCAGACAGUAGUUCUGAUGAUAAUGAAGAACCAAGCAAUGAAAAUGAAAAGUUUCUAUGGGCUGCAGGAAACGGGAAAAUAGACAUGGUUAAGCAAAUGUUUGAAAGCAAUUCAGAUCUUAUAAAGUGGAAAGAUGAAGAUGGUUACACUGCAAUACACCGUGCAUCAUCUGAAGGACAAUUUGAAGUCAUUGAGUAUCUACUAAAACAUGGUGCUGAUGCCAAUGUAAAAACGCUAGAUGGUUGGACGCCUUUGCACUGUGCAUGUAAGUGGAACAAUGCUAAAGCCGCUACCGUACUGUUGGCAAAUGGUGCCGAAAUAAACAAUGUGACGAAUGGUAAUAACACUCCAUUACAUGCUGCUGCAAGUGAGAAAGGAAAUGAAGAUGUGCUGAAACUGUUGCUGGCACAUGAUAAAGUUGACAUCAGUGUUGUGAAUGAUGGUGGAGAUACUGCUUAUGAUUUAGUCAGAAGAAAUACUGCUAAUGCUGGUUUAUUUCAAACUGCAGCAUCGAAGUGA